AUGUCGAAGCCCGACCACUCCGAGAGGACCGCGACCGAGCCUCGCGACCCAUCGCUCCACACGGUCAUUCUCAGGCGGAUCGAGGAAAUCAACCCCUCAAUCCGCACCUUCCGCCUCGCCAUCCCAGCGUCCGUGGGACGCAUCAGGCCAGCAUACGCACCUCCGGCUCAUUCAGCCCUUCCCCGCGCUCUCUUCUCUGACCCCAGAGUGCUCGAAGAACCACGGCUAACGCACCCACCCCGCGACGACCAGUUCCUCCCAGGACAGUGGCUCGACGUCUUUGUGCCGGGUAUCAGAAAUCCAGGCGGCUUCACCAUCACCUCCUCGCCCUCGAAGGCCCAGAAGAAAACAGUCUUGCCCGCCAGCGCCGCCCCGGCCGAUGGCACCACCCCGUCCCCACCGGCCCCUGCGCAGGAGCCUUACCUCGAGCUCGCCGUGCAGAAGUCGCCCGACAACCCGCCGGCCCAGUACCUCUGGAGGCCCACGGCCGAGAUCCUGCACUCGGAGCUGCGUGUCCGCGUGGGCGGCAGCUUCGUCUGGCCUCCCCCGGGGGUCCAGCCGACGACCCUCCGCAAGAUCGUCUUCGUCGCCGGCGGCGUCGGCAUCAACCCGCUGAUGAGCAUCGCGAGCCACCUCGCCGAGCGGCCGGACCCGCGGCACACGGUCGAGUUCCUGUACUCGACGCGGGACCCGGGCGGCGAGGGCAAGCGCGACGCCUCCAAGAUACUGUUCCUCGACCGCCUGGCCGGGAUCUUCAACGGCGGCGGCGGCGCACUCAAGGGACGGCUGGGCUUGUUCCUGACACCCGGAGGCCCCGGCGCAGGUGCAGAAGGGGGAGGGGACGGUGGUGACCUCCAGGGCAUCCCGUUCAAGAGCCGGCGUAUCACAGUCGAGGACAUUGCGGAGGCUGUCGGCGAUGACAAGAAGUUCGCUGUUGUCUACGUCUGUGGGGUGCCUGCGAUGACGGAUGAGUUCGUCGAGAAGUUGACUUCCCCACAAGGACUGGGCCUGGAACCUCAUAGGGUUCUUUACGAGAAGUGGUGGUAG